GCCAAGCAUGCAAAGUCGUCAUUAAUUAUCGAACCUGUAGCGCAGUUUUGUAAAAACAGCCAUCGAGCACCGCCAAUGGUUCAUUGUAAAAAGGUUCGAACUGUCAUUGUUUGUGGCCCCCGGAUACCUCUCGCCCCCCUCCCAACAACUAGAAGUCUUUUUGAUACACCAUUACCACCUUAUUUUGUGUAUACUAAAUCGUAGGCGGACGAGCUCCGUAGACCCGACUUCCGAGACAUAGAAAAAUAACGCGAUGAGAGGAGCAGAUGGAAAACGCCUGCCAUUAUGGCUCAAUACCCGUACUCUCACCUCCCACUUCUUCUUUGGCCCCUACGUCCUUUUCCCCAUCGCCGCUGCCCUCACGUGGUUGGGCGGCAUUCUCGCUCUAUUGGGUCUUUGGGUAGUGGCUGGUAAACCGAGGUAUAGGAGCAAUGAGGCUAGCGUCGUGUUUAUUAGUAAUGUCGGUGCUACGCACCAGGCGUUGUUCAUUGCGAUCUGCUGUACUGUAGCCGCAUUCUACAUUAUAUCCAUGUUCGCGGAGAGAUGGUUAAGGCAUGUGGACCGAUUGCCCACAAAUAUCAGGAGAAGGGAACUUGUUUUCGAUUGGCUCGCCAUCUUUUGGUGUAUCGUGGGUUGCGUCGGACUUAUCCUUUUAUCUUGCUUCAACGCUUUUACCCAUGGAACUGGACACUGGACAAUGACAAUUGUCUUUAUCGUCGGCGUUGCAAUUUCUGCUGUUUUCCAAUCUGCUGAGAUUUGGUCUUUGCACAAAGAGCACCCAGACCGCAAAUCGCUGAAGCGAAAUUCCAUCUUGAAGCUCAUCAUCGUUUUGUUCGCCAUUGUUCUUGCUAUUUGCUUCGGUAUUACCUACGGUAUCUGUCAGGGAAACUCUUCUGCGACAAGCGGUCACUCUGCCAAUACAUGUAAUAACAUUACAUCGGCAGCCGCUGCGUUCGAAUGGGCGGUCGCUUUUGUCCUCACGUUCUACUUCCUCACCAUUGCUGCCGACCUUUGGCCCGCAGGUAAAUCCUCCCCGCGAUACAUGCGACGUCUGGCACAAUGGCAGGAGAGGCACGGAGAAGGACAUGACUUUACUGGUCGACGUGCAUUUGCUAUCUACCCAGAGCGAUGGCAAGAUAAGGAGACGGUCAUGCGAGAGAACAUGUUGGCGAGGAACAGAGGUUUGGCUACCCAAGUUAAUAAUGGGUCCUACACUAGCUAUGACCCGGCCAAUGGGUACGUAGCCCCCACAGGUGAUGGCGUGACGCCUUUACCUGCUGCGCAUGUGCAUAAUGGGAGCAUAGACUACAGCGUGACGGGAGAAGGUGCUGAGGCAAGAACGAGUAUGGCAGGAAGCGAGGUUCCUAUGAUCAGGCAGACUGCUGUAUAGAUGAUAGAGGCGAUUAGGAGUCAGAAGGAGCAUCUUUAGCAAUCAUUACUGUACUCUAUAGAGCAUUCUGUUCACGCUUGUAUCAUUAUGCAAAACCUA